AUGACUUCCUUGGGCUCCGAGGAGGAACGAGCUCACAUGGAAAAGCUCAAGAAAUCCCAGAAGCAAAGGCAAAGCCGGGAGUUGAGGUACAAUCGUUCCAGCAGCACUUUAGCAAGUGCUCAGAUUACUGUGGCCAUCAAAAGCAUCGUGUCUUCAUGGACCUUUGAAGCUCUCUUUGCUUUUGCCAUCUUGUCGAACAGCAUUUUCAUCGGAGUGGAAGUGCACUUUGCAGCCCACAAUAGGGAAGGCUUGCCACCUGCCUUCUUCUACAUCGACCAGACCUACGCCGCACUCUUCUUGAUCGAACUGGUGCUGCGAAUUCUCGCUGAGCGGCUUCCGUUCUUUUGGUCCUCUCCAAAUGUGAUGUGGAACUACCUGGAUAUUCUCAUCAACAUCACCUCGGUGUUGAACCUGGUGUCUUUUAUUGCCAGCACCGGACAAGAUGCUGACUCAUUCAAAGCAUCUGGGAACGUCCGAAUCAUCCGGAUUCUACGACUGACCAGGGUCAUCCGGGUGGUGCGCAUCGUGAAAAUUGUACGCUUCAUCCGGGCGCUGAGAUCACUAGUGCACUCCAUUUUUGGAACUUUGAAGGUACUGCUAUGGUCUGUUCUGCUUCUUGUGAUGAUCAUGUACGUCUUUGCAAUCGUCUUUUGUGAUGUGUCAAAUGAGUAUCUGGGUGGUUUCGAGGACGUGUCCGAUACAGGCAAAACGUUCUUGGAGCGGUACUUCGUUGACCUGGAACGCUCCAUCAUGACGCUGUUUCAGAGCAUUGUGAAUGGAUUAAAUUGGGGGGAUGUGGCUGAUGAGCUCAACAAGCUCAGUCGAAUCUGGGGCUAUUUGUAUGUUGUCUAUAUUGCAUUUUGCAUGUUUGCCGUGUUAAACGUGAUGACCGGGAUGUUCUGCCAAUCGGCGAUUGAGAGUGCAGAACGUGACCAAGAGCUGCACGUCCAAGCGGUCUUGAAUACCAAGCAGCAGCAGGUGGAGAUGUUCAUGUCUAUUUUCCACAUGCUGCAGAAGGACCGUGGGCGACGUGCAUCGCACAACCAGAACUUGACCUUCACGGAGUUUGAGCAUUUGUUUGACCAGCCACACAUCCGCUCGUUCUUCCAGGCAUUAGAUGUUGAGACCAAAGAUGCUUGGACACUCUUCAAGCUCAUGGACGUCUCAGGCCACGGUGAUAUUGAUGCUUCGGAGUUUGUGGAAGGUUGCAUGCGUUUGAAGGGUCCUGCUCGAGCCAUCGACAUGUCCAUCCUCAUGCAGGAACAGCGGCGGAUGCGAAAGAAGUUGGUGAGUAUGGAGCAGGUUCUUUUGGACUCGUUAGGGCGACCUCGAACCCGAACGCACUCCUCAGCCACCAUGACUGCUGCUUCACUACCUUCUCAAGUGAUUCCCUUUGAAGAGGUUGUGUCGAUGUAG